AUGGGCGAGAAAGGGAAUUCCGGUACAGACUUACAGGGGAAUUCCAGUACAGAGUUACAGGGAAAUUCCAGUACAGAGUUACAGGAGAAUUCCAGUACAGACUUACAGGGGAAUUCCAGUACAGACUUACAGGGGAAUUCCAGUACAGAGUUACAGGGGAAUUCCAGUACAGACUUACAGGGGAAUUCCAGUACAGACUUACAGGGGAAUUCCAGUACAGAGUUACAGGGGAAUUCCAGUACAGACUUACAGGGGAAUUCCAGUACAGACUCACAGGGGAAUUCCAGUACAGACUUACAGGGGAAUUCCAGUACAGACUUACAGGGGAAUUCCAGUUCAGAGUUACAGGGGAAUUCCAGUACAGACUUACAGGGGAAUUCCAGUACAGACUUACAGGGGAAUUCCAGUACAGAGUUACAGGGGAAUUCCAGUACAGACUUACAGGGGAAUUCCAGUACAGACUCACAGGGGAAGUCCAGUACAGACUUACAGGGGAAUUCCGGUACAGACUUACAGGGGAAUUCCGGUACAGACUUGCAGGGGAAUUCCGGUACAGACUUACAGGGGGAUGCCAGUACAGACUUACAGGGGAAUUCCAGUACAGAGUUACAGGGGAAUUCCAGUACAGACUUACAGGAGAAUUCCAGUACAGACUCACAGGGGAAUUCCAGUACAGACUUACAAGGGAAUUCCAGUACAGACUUACAGGGGAAUUCCGGUACAGACUUACAGGGGAAUUCCGGUACAGACUUGCAGGGGAAUUCCGGUACAGACUUACAGGGGGAUGCCAGUACAGACUUACAGGGGGAUGCCAGUACAGACUUACAGGGGGAUGCCAGUACAGACUUACAGGGGAAUUCCAGUACAGACUUACAGGGGAAUUCCAGUACAGACUUACAGGGGAAUUCUAGUACCAACUUACAGGGGGAUGCCAGUACAGACUUACAGGGGAAUUCCAGUACAGACUUACAGGGGAAUUCCAGUACAGAGUUACAGGGGGAUUCCAGUACAAAUGACAUUACAAUCUUACCGGGGAAUUUCACUACAGUAGGGAAAUCCAGUAAAAGUUAUUAG